ACAGCAGAGUGCUGUUACUGCUACUGCGAGUGCUGCUGCUGCCCACGCUCAACGGGACAUUCAAACGAGGAGCGGUGUAUUGUUGAUCGUCUCCGAGCUUCUUCGUACCCGUGGAGCUCGGCGGGAUUUUUUUGCUUGAGAAGGCCUGCAGUAUUUCCAGUGCUGUUCCAGGUAGAAGCAAUCAGCACGCGGCCGGUCGGAAAGAACGGAACACUCUCGCUCCAACGAUACAGCAGUAGUACACGGCGAUGCCGGGCCCGUUUUCUGUCGCUGAGGACCCAGGAGACUUCUGCACCUACAACGUCCACCAUGGCUUUCCGGAAGGGCUUGUGAGGGGUUACAGGACCGGGUUCCUUACGGACAUGGACUACAACAACCUGUGCCAGUGCGAGUCCCUCGAGGACGUGAAGCUCAACCUGCAAGAGACGGACUACGACCAGUUCCUCUCGCAGGAGAACAAGGUCACCCCGGCCGCAUUGCAAGAGAGGGCCACCAAGAAGCUGGUAGUGGAGUUCAACUUCCUCAAGGCGCAGGCGCAGGAGCCACUGUCGACCUUCCUAGAGUACAUCACGUACGAGUACAUGAUCGAGAACAUCAUGAUGCUCUUGAAGGGCACCCUGUCGGGCAGGGACGUUAACGAGCUCAUCGAGCAGUGCCACCCGAUGGGUCUGUUCAAGGACUCGACGAUGCGGCUUAUCCCGGCGUUCGAAGCUUCGCCGAAGGGGUACGCCGACCUUUACCAGACCGUUCUCGUCGACACGCCCAUCGGCCCGUACUUCAGCCAGUUCCUGGAGCAGCAGCAGGAGAGGCUUACCAACGCGGCCCAGGUCCGGGACAUUCUUGAAGAGGUGGAAAUCGAGAUCAUCAAGAACUCGCUGAUGAAGUUGUACCUUGAGGACUUCCACCGCUUCUGCAAAAGCGUUGGCGGAGACACGUCGACGGUCAUGUGCGAGCUGCUGGAGGCUCGCGCCGACCGGGGCGCCAUCAACAUCACCCUCAACUCUUUCGGGGGACCGCUGAACGAGCCGUCCAUGCGCUCCACGGACCGCCGUCGGCUGUACCCAGCUAUCGGCACGCUAUACCCGGAGGCGACGAACUUGUUCCAGGAAGUUGGCGACGAGUCCCAGCUAGCGGCCGUUCUGGACAUGUACCCCGUGUACAGGGGCAUCUGGGCCGUUCACCAGAACGAGGCGUACGGGGACAAGUCGAUCGACGAUGCCUUCUUCGAGAGGGACGUGGAUAUGCUGGAGCUAGCGUUUCAGGGGCAGAUGCACUUCGGGCCCUUCUACGCCUACGUCAAGCUGAAGGAGCAGGAAAUCCGCAACUUGGUAUGGAUAUCGGAGUGCAUCGUCCAGCAGCAGAGGGACGAGAUCGGCAAGUACAUCCCCCUGUUCAGCGAGAACGCCUCAUGGAAGGUUGCUCGCCGCGCUGGGAGAUAAAGAGAGAGAGCGAGAGAGAGAGAGAGAGAUCGCCGCUUGCCUGUCUGCCCUGGACGGAGCAGCGAGCGAUAGCAGUCUAGCUAGUUUGGUGGGAUGCUAUCCCGUUGGUGUGUUUUGCCGCCCCGUGUGUGACGUGCUUGUGGACCCCGGCGCAGGGGGCUCCGGCGUGUUGUACCUCUUUUUGGUGCGAGCUGCCGACGGAGAGACGUUUUGUACCUCUUUUUGGUGUGAGCUGCCGACGGAGAGACGUCUUGUACCUUUUCUUUGGUGCGAGCUGCCGACGGAGAGACGUUUUGUACCUUUUCUUUGGUGUGAGCUGCCAUGCUGGAGGGUGGGGAAGGUGUGGAGGAUGGGUUGGAAUGUGGGAUGAUGUGGGAUAGCGGCAUGAUUCGUAUUUUUCGAGCGAUGACGCAGAAGACGUGGGACGGGAAUAAAUGGCGGUGGCGGCGCUUGUUUGGCGUUUGAUGGAGAACGCCUUGGUGGCCACCGACCUGACGAGCGGCGGCAAUAUUUGCGGGGUAAUGUCCAGCGACGGUUAUUUGCAGCGUAAUGUCUAAAAGCGAGGGAUACGCGCCGCGCUUCCGCGAGAAGACCGUGUGGUAUCUUGCUGUUUUGUGCUGUUGGAACUCCCGGCGGCAGCCGGCAGCCGUGGCCUCGCCGCACCCCCCGCCCCGGGUUUUUGGAGUCGCGGUGCGCACAGCCGUCAGCUCUUGCCGCCCAGAACUGUGGGCGUGUCGAGGGGGCGUGAAGUUGCGGCUUGAGUUAUGGCCUUCCCGCCAUCGCAGAGUUUGUUUAUUUUUCUGCGCUUAAUCUGCUAACCAAAUGGCGUUGAUUUGAUUGACCAUGUACUUGUUUUGUGUCCAAGCUGGUACGGGUGACAGACGCGUCGUACGGCUUGGUAAGUCCGUCAUGUUCGGGAGUCUAUUUUUACGCGAGUGACCGCUCCGCCGAGGUGCUCCUUGUGGUACGCGGACUCGCCCCCCGUCCUCCCCCCCCCCCCCCCCUGUCCACGUUUGCAGUUAGGUAAAAGGUGUAGUGCCCCCGAAAGUAUGGUCGGUGGCGAUGUGUACUUUUUUUUCGUUCGUUGUGUCCUCGUCUCUUUGGGAGUGUUGGACCGCUAGCUUAUGUUAUCACGUUUUUUGUGACACAACGUGAGGUCUUGACCUGAAACGUUCUGGGUGGGCGCAGGAGAUGGGAGGGAUUUCACCUGCCCUGAGUAUGCGUUGGAACAAAGGCACUCUUCGUCAUGCACUAUUUUUGCUCUUCGUGUCAAAGCGAGACGGGCAGGUUCUGUACCUACCUACCCUCUUGCGGCGAUUUUGCGGUGUGUAUCCGACGUGUCUGUGUGUUGUUGACGCUUCAAAUUCCCGCAAAAAACAAUGUUUCUGCUGUUCGUACUUGUGUCUGGAUGUCUGCACGACACAGCAGAGAGAAGCUUCCCAGAAGGCUCAAGUCUAGGCGCGAGGCGGGGGGGCGUUUUUCCAGCGGGGCAAUCACGGCAUCGAUAUCAAUGUACCCUUCCAGAAC